UUUAUUUUUACGUUUUUCCAUGGACUUUUGGGUAAACGAAAAAAGUAAUACCCAUAAGCAGUCGAACUUGUCGAACAGUAUACCUUCAAUCAGACCAUUGGAUGAUAAACCAAGUUCGCGUGUCUUUAGUGCAUUACGUAGAUCGCGUGCAGAUACAAUGCCUUCUCAACCUGCUGCUGUAUUUCCAUCUGAUAUGUUUUCAGACAUAAUUCAUCGUCAUCGUUCUGGUUCUAUUACUUUACCCGCGGAUAAAGAGGAUGAAGAUAAUAAAGACGAUCUUUCGAGUCCAAUAGAUGAAAAUGCAUCGAGUACUAUUGCAUCCACUUUAGCAUCACUCGGUCUAACUGAUGAUGAAAAUACUGCUACAGCAACUACUACUACUACCACAGUAACAACUAAUAACCGAAAUCGAUCUUACACCAUCCAAGGUGCAGCCACCAAUGAGGCUUUUGGAUUUCAUCCCUUUUCCCCACAAACCCAGUCGAGUAUCUUGCAGCGCCCUCGAGCAAUCAGUUUGGGAAUGGCAGAUUCGUUUUCUCCUUUUCAACACGAGCAGCAGCAAUCGUCCAAGUUGCACAUAGAGCAAAAACAUUCACCAAUCUUGAGAUCUUCUCGGAGUACAAACAAUUUACUAGAUACCACCCAUUACUUUUCAAAUGAAAAUAUCAUGGAUAAUGAAGGAAAAGAAGAUUCAGGUGACUCUCCUUCUUCGUCUCAAGCACAAAUACCCUCUCGUGCUCUUUGGUUGGGUAAUAUCAAUCCCAGUGUGAGUGUACCUGAUCUCGUACACAUGUUUUCUGCGUAUGGCCCAGUGGAGAGUGCAAGAAUUCUGUCAGAUAAAGAGUGUGCCUUUGUUAAUUUCUUGACAGUUGAUUCAGCUGUGGCUGCCAAGAACGAUUUGGAAACAAGAUUGGGCUCAAAGCUGGCAGGAACCCCUGUUCGUGUCGGCUUUGGCAAGGCAGAUGUGAGUUCAGCCAUGGCAGAUGCAAGUCCUAAUACUCAAGGACCUACACGCGCUUUAUGGGUUGGUAAUAUUCCUACCAAUGCAAGCGCAAAUGCACUUCGUAACAUAUUCCAAGCCUUUGGGUCUAUUGAAUCCGUUCGAAUUCUGUCACACAAAAAUUGUGGAUUUAUCAAUUUUGAGCGACAGGAGGAUGCAGUUCAUGCCAGGAAAGCACUUCAAAAUAAAGAGAUAUUCGGGCCAGGAACUGGCACUGUUCGUAUCGGCUUUGCAAAGGCACCUUCUGCCUCGGAUGGAGUAGAUUUAGACGAUGGAUUACCUGUGACAGAUAGCUAUCAAGCAGCUCAAUGGGCGACAGCGGUCAUGAUGGCCAACAUGAUGAUGAAUGCAUCUGGGCAGCCGCCUACAGCGCAGCCUAGCUUGUUUGUUGCUAUUGCCUCGGAGAGACUAUUUAUCAUGAAGCAGUUGGGAAUUGAACCGUCUGAGAAGCUCAAGGUGGAUAGAAUCCCAUUAGUGUACCAUUCUGCUAUACCGCCUGUACCUGAAUUGGGGCCCGACAGAAAGCUAGAUCCUCUUUCGCUUCGAGAGAUGAGAAAAAAGCUAGAAAAUGAAGAAUCAGUGGCCUUGGAACAAGCAGAAUCAAUUGCAUCGGAUUGCAUGGACGAAGUUGUUGAGCUCUGCAGCGACUAUAUUGGAAACACAGUGAUCCAAAAGCUAUUUGAAUGCUGUACUGAAGAAACAAAACUCAAAAUGUUAAAGAAAAUUGCCCCUCAUCUGGCCUCUAUCGGAAUUCAUAAAAAUGGCACUUGGGCUGCACAAAAGAUAGUUGAUUUUGUUAAUGAACCAGAACAAAUUCAGCUCAUAAAGGAGUAUAUCGCGCCCUAUAUUCCUUUACUGCUACUAGAUCAAUAUGGAAAUUACGUUGUCCAGUGCUGUCUUGUUAAGAAAGAUAAUCAGUAUAUCUUUGACGCCAUUGUUGACAAGUGCUGGGAAAUUGGACAAGGACGAUUUGGUGCUCGUGCUGUAAGAUCUAUAUUAGACAAUCCAACAAUUACUCAAGAGCAACGUGUGUAUGUAGCAGCAAGCAUCGUUCAAAAUGCAACGUUAUUAACAACAAAUGCCAAUGGUAGUUUAUUAUUGAACUGGUUUUUGGAUAGCUCACAGCUUCCUGGACGUUAUCGUGUCCUCUGUCCACGCUUAUUGCCAUAUCUAAGCAAGUUAUGUAUAAAUAAGCUAGGUUCAAUAACUAUACAAAGGAUUAUCCAACAAUCUGAGGAACCAGAUGCAGCCACUCUGAUAAUGAACUCGCUUUCAGAGAAAGCAAGAUCAGAUUUAUUGACAAGAAAAUGAAAUUUAGUAUAGAAAAAGUGUUUAUAAAUGUAUAUCAUAGUUUUCUUUUAAAAUUGCUCUUGUAAAAAAGUAAAAAUAAUGUUUAACUACAAAUAAAGAGAAAAUACAGUGAGGUUAGAUCUCAAUUUUAAAUGAUUUGCACAUCAUUGAAUUUCUUAUUUU